GGCUUUUCGGUUUGAUCCCGUUUCCGCCGCUUCCGGAGACAAGCGCACCUCGGAAACGGGGGGGGGGCCGGGUGCCUGGCUCGCACCGAGGCCUCAUGGCAGGGCCGGCCGGAGAUGUUCGCACCAUGUCUCCACAGGAGGCGGCGCAGUGGUGCAACUCCUUGGCGCUCUGUGGGGUCAAAGGCAAAAUCCUGCGCGAUCUCCAGGAGCAGAUUGUCAAGAAACAGAUUGACGGGCUUCAGCUGGAUCGCAUGCUCAGGAGCAACACCUUGACGGAUUUGGGCAUCGAGGAGUUGAAUGCGCGGCUGGCGCUAUCCAUUCGCCGGAGUUGGACGACUGACUUCAAUGGCGUCACCUUCAUCAACUACGCCGCCAGCCAGGCGCACUUCCAGGGCCGGGAGCUGCCGGGCCCGGCGCCGGCCGGGGCGCGGGAAGACCCGCGCCGGCAGAAGCGAGACUUCUUCAACCAGGUGGACCCGGAGCCCGAGUAUGGCCGCGGGUAUGGAGUGCCGCCAAGGAGGGACAUGCCCUGGUCACCAUCAAUGGGAGACACGUCUCAGCGACCAUCUCCAGGGCCUCCCGCACCCCGCGACAUGGAUCGGGUCGGGAUGCGGGAUCGCGACCCGCGGCUUGAGGACCCCUAUGCCGGAAUGGACAGAGUCCCUCCGCCAUAUCCGGGAGACCGCGAGCGCGGGUAUGAGGACUUCUACGAUCGCGGGCCACCGGCCGACAGAAGGGCCCACCGCGGACCGCCGGAUGCCUUGGAUUGGAAUCGAGGUCCCCAAAUUCAGAUCCCACCGUCGCCGGGCGCCGACCCGUAUGGUGGCUAUGACGCCGGAUAUCCUGAUCCAGGCUAUGAUGAUGCUUACGACCGGGCUCCUGGCCACAUGCGCGAUGACCCAGGCCGUGGAUUUGGGGGGUACCCAGACAGAGGUCCUGCCUUUUCUCCGGAGGAUGAUCGCUACGAUCGCAUGCGCAGGAGCCCAGGUGGAGGUGGCGACCCAUGGGGAGGCGUUGGCCUCGAUCAAGCACUCCCGAAGCGCGGGCCAGCGCCCAACAACGUGGCGCGGAUCUAUGCCGAGGAGCGCCCGGCGCCGAGUCUGCGGAGUCCGGGCGCUGGACCGCCGCAGAGCCCGCAGCGAUACGAGCCGCAGAUGAUGGAGCCGGACUAUGGCUAUGACCCGCCGCCAUCGACAACAUCCAGCAAGGGCGGGCGAGCCAACGUGCGCGAUCCCAACGCUGGCUCCUUGGGGGGCUUGUUCGGCAGCGAACCGCGAGAUCCACCGCCCAGGAGGGAGCGAAAGGACCCUCGAGACUACCCGGAGCCGGUUCGAGAGCAACGAGGGCCGAACCGGGUGCGGGAGAGCCUGGAUUGGGAUCCACGCGAUCGACACGAUCCUCGGGAUCACGACCCACAAGAACCCCGGGAUUCACGGGAUCCACGCGACUGGGAUGUGCGGGAUCCGCGCGAUCGGGAUCCACGGGAUAUGCGAGAUCCACGCGACAUGCGGGACAUGCGAGACCCUCGCGAUAUGCGGGACAUGCGAGAUCCACGAGAUAUGCGGGAUGCACGAGACCCGCGAGACCUGCGGGAUGCGCGCGACCCGCGUGAGAUGCGUGAUGUCCGCGACCCGUGCGAGGAACCGGAGGAGGCUGCUGGCCCCUCUGGUGGUUGGCGGGGUGAUCUCUUCGACGACGGCCCCAAAGUGCCGACAAUGCCCCGCCCCAACGGAGG